GUAUACAUGUAAUUAAGUAGUUACAACAUUCUACGUGUAUUGCUCUGUGCAAGAAGCACAUUUUAAAGAAAAGAUGAACAUCUCAAUAAUUAACAUCGGGGUGAUUUUGGUCCUUGGCAUUUUUAACAAAUGUUCAUGUCAAGGCUACUAUGGAGAUAAUUAUUACAGAGGACACGGAAGACUUUCAAGACAAAGACCGCAAUCAUACAGUAGAGAUUGGGAAAGUCUGUUUAGAACGGAAGCCAUAGAACAAAGUCAACCAUUCAAUGCUGACAAAGUUAACAUCAAUAUAAAUGUCAAAGGAGGCGGAGGUGGUGGGGGAGGUGGAAUCGAACCAGGUGGAAAUGGUGGAAAUAUCAUCACUAAUUUAUUUAUUAAGAAAAUCAAAACGGUUCAUACUAAAGAAGGAACAAAAGUCAUAAUAAAGCCUGGUGAUGGACGAACAUUACAAGCGCUUAAACUAAUGAUCGAAGGAGGAGGUGGCGGUGGUGGGGGCGGAAUAGGAAAGGGUGGUGAUGGAGGAAGUAUAUUUACAAACUUGACCAUCAAAACAUUUAAGACUGUUUUUAGAGAUGGAAUAAAUAUCACUACUGCUAAAGAUCAAAACCCUCUAGAAGGACUCGGUCUGAUUAUUAAAGGCGGUGGUGGCGGUGGCGGAGGUGGACCAGGUCCAGGUGGCGAUGGUGGUGACUUGAUUACAUCUAUUGUCAUAGAGAAUGUAAAGGAUGUCACUUUAAAUGGAACUUGGACAAGUGAAGACAGAAAGGCAUGGAAAUUACAAAAGAUGUUAAAGAGACAAAAGAAUAGACAGAGGAGAAAAGAUGGGACAUAGGGAUUAACUAAAUAAUAUUGUGAAGAAAACACGACAAUGAUAAUUCUACGUGAAAUUCACGAUUAAAGGGCUUCAUCCAACGUCACAAAAUUCCAUAUGACGUCAACAAAGGCUAUUCAUGAAUAAUUUGUACUGAUAAUUCAGAUUUAAUUCAUCCGAAAGUAUGCUAGUACUAUACUUAUAUCAGUUCUCUUAGAUAGGUAUUCCAUUCCUUCUGUUUUUAUGUUUGUUGUUUUCUGUGUUUCGUGCCAAACUGAUGAGUCAAGCCAUUUCCUUUUUGUUUUUAUGUUGUACUGUUUUAACAAUGUCAGACUUAACAACACCAUUUUUUUGUGUGUCUAUUCAAAAUCAGGAGCAUGUAAUUCAGUGGUUGUCGUUUGUUGCCGCUUGUUGCCGUUUGUUGUAUUUAGUUUUUGUUUUUGGUUUUGGGAUAACAAACCGUUUUAUGAAUUUUAUAAAGAAGAAAUUAUGCAUAAUCCAUGAUUA